AUGGAGAGUAUAGUUCUUCCCUACAAAACCAUAACUCCAAAAAUCCCAGAAAUUUUACACAGACCCACAAAACCCUUGAUAUCGUUCAAAAAUGCCCCUCCAAAACCAGACUCAAAAUUAGAUGCCCACUUGAAGAAUCUCUGCAAAAAUGGGCGCCUCAGUGAAGCCAUGGCCUCUUUAGACUCCAUAGUUAAAUGCGGAUCCACGGUAAGUCCCAAUACUCUUUCGCACCUGAUUGACUCCUGCAUCGACUCCAAUUCACUUGACUUAUGCUAUAAGCUGCAUGGCUAUGUAAGAAAAUUGCUUAAGGAAUCAGACACGUUUGUUGAAACGAAGUUAGUUAGUAUGUAUGCUAAAUGUGGGUCACUUGAAAAUGCAUUUGAAGUGUUUAAUGCAAUGAGUGAGAGGAAUUUGUACGUGUGGUCUGCGAUAAUUGGGGCAUGCUCGAGGGAGAGGAAGUGGGGUGAAGUUGUGGAGCUUUUUCAUUCGAUGAUGGAGAGUGAUAAUAUUGUUCCGGAUGAUUUUUUGUUUCCCAAGAUUUUACAGGCUUGUGGGAACUGUGGUGACUUGGAGACGGGGAGAUUGAUUCAUGGAAUAGUUACUAAAUGCAGGAUGAAUAGCCAAGUUCGUGUGAAUAAUUCUAUUCUCGCUGUUUACUCAAAAUGUGGGUGGUUGAACUCCGCAAAGAGGUUUUUUGAAGGAAUGGAGGUGAAGGAUACAGUUUCUUGGAAUGCAAUAAUCACUGGUUAUUGUCAGGAAGGCGAAACAAAGGAGGCACGCAGAUUGUUUGAUUUGAUGCGUGAAGUAGGCAUUGAGCCAGGUGUUGUCACUUGGAAUAUAUUGAUUUCGAGUUAUAAUCGGUUGGGGAAGUCUGACAUUGCCAUGGAAAUGAUGAAAGAGAUGGAGAAUUGUGGAAUCAUGCCAGAUGUUUUUACUUGGACUAGUGUGAUUUCGGGGUUUGCACAAAAUAAUAGGAGGUUGGAGGCAUUGGAAUUGUUCAGGGAGAUGCUUCUGUCUGGGGUUGGACCAAAUGAGGUUACGCUCAUGAGUGCUAUCUCAGCUUGCGCAUCUUUGAAAAAUUUAAGGAACGGAAAGGAAAUUCAUCUAUUUGCCAUGAAGGUGGGGUAUGGUGAAGAUGUUCUAGUGGGGAAUUCACUUGUUGAUUUGUAUUCCAAGUGUGGGAAACUUGAGUCUGCUAGGCAGGUGUUUGAUAUUAUUUUGGAGAAGGAUGUCUAUACUUGGAACUCGAUGAUUGGUGGAUAUUGCCAAGCUGGAUACUGUGGGAAAGCCCAUGAUCUCUUUAUGAAAAUGCAGGAAUCAGAUGUAUUACCAAAUGUCAUUACAUGGAAUGUGAUGAUCACAGGUUACAUUCAAAGUGGAGAUGAAGAUCAAGCUAUGCAUCUUUUUCAAAGGAUGGAGAAGGAUGGAGGUAUUAAGCGAGACACUGCAUCAUGGAAUGCUCUUAUUGCUGGCUACUUACAGCAUGGACAGAAAGAUAAAGCAUUGGGUAUCUUCCGGCAAAUGCAGUCUUUUGGUGUAAAACCCAAUUCAGUUACUAUUUUGAGCAUCUUACCGGCAUGUGCAAAUUUAAUUGCUACGAAUAAGGCCCAGGCUUUAGAGUCAACCCGGUGUUCUGGCCCGUGUCUAUGUCAUCCUUGCUUAUAUUCAUUGGAUGAUCCAAGCUCAUGUCAAAUAUUGACACCUUUGAAGUUUAAACAGCAAUUCAUCCUUCAGUAUCUAUCCUUUAACUUUAUGGAUCAUUACUCCAAUUCGAGUUUGGAGAAUUCUGGAAAACACAUCAUAUCUGUUGGGCCAUGGGGAGAUCAAGAUGGAUUUCACUGGGAUGAUGGAGUUUACUCCACAGUAAGGCAAUUGGAGAUAGAACAUGGAGCUAAAGUAGUUUCAAUUAGGAUUGAAUAUGAUAGGAGUGGGGCCUCAGUCUGGUCAGAAAAGCAUGGUGGCAAUACGGGGGCUAAAACUGACAAGGUCAGGCUUGAUUAUCCGGAUGAGUUCCUAACUUCAAUUCAUGGGCAUUAUGGUAGCUUACAAGCACGUGGACCAGUCUUUAUUCGAUCACUUACUUUCGAAAGCAAUAAAAGAACUUACGGGCCUUAUGGCAUUGAACAAGGUACUUAUUUUGCAUGUCCAACAAGAAGUGGCAAGAUUGUUGGCUUCCAUGGAAAUUGUGGCUGGUACCUGGAUGCUAUUGGUGUUUAUUUGGAGCCUAUUCAUAAACCUAUUGCUUCAAAUUCUAUCAUUCAGUCUCGGAAUUAUGGUUUCCAUCGGACUGAGAAGUAUGAAUACUCGAUGAUCCAAGGAAGCCUUGGUCCAAACUAUGACCUUAUUGUUGCUGUUAGAAACAAGGACGAUCACAACAAUUCUCCAGCAGAUCACCUCUCAAGGCAGACUUCUCGUGACUUCAGCUAUGCAGAACCCAAGAAUGAGAUUGCAUGUGUAAACUCCAACAAAAUUGAGAGAGUCCCCUCUAAAAAUAUUAAAGGAGUUUUGACAUAUGGACCAUGGGGUGGUAAUGGUGGAAGCCUAUUUGAUGAUGGAGUCUAUGAUGGCAUCAGGCAAAUUAAUUUAUCACGCAAUGUGGGAAUUGUUUCUUUAAGAGUUUGCUAUGAGCAAAAUGGGCAACCUGUUUGGGGAAGCAAAAAUGGAGGCACUGGAGGAUUUAAAAAAGAUAAGAUUGUGUUCGAUUACCCAUCAGAAAUCUUGACUCACAUAACAGGCUACUAUGGUCCUACAAUGAUUAUGGGCCCUGAAGUCAUCAAGUCACUAACUUUUCAUACUACAAAGGGAAAAUAUGGCCCCUAUGGAGGAGAAGAAGGAAGGCACUUCUCAACCCAUUUGAAGGAAAGAUCGCUGAUUGUUGGAUUCCAUGGAAGGAAUGGAUUGUUUAUCGAUGCAAUCGGUGUCCAUGUGCUAGAAGAGAAAGCUGUGCCUGAAUCAAAUCCUCUCCCCAAAUUCAGCGACCUUGAUGUAGUAUCCCCCACCAAGUCCAAGAACAAAAUUCCUGCAUCAAAUUCCACCUCCAUGUCCAACAACCAAACUUCAGUGUUAAAAAACAAAGCUGAUAUUCCUCAAUGGUUUUCUAAAAUGGGAAAGCAAGCACAAACCGGCGAGGUCGUCCAACGACUGGUGAAAGAUCCAGCUCCAUGUGGACCUGGUCCAUGGGGUGGAGAUGGUGGAAAACCCUGGGAUGAUGGAGUAUUCUGUGGGAUUAAACAGAUCAAACUAACAAGAAUGGAGGCCAUUUGCUCUAUUGAAAUUGAGUAUGAUCGAAAUGGGCAAUCUGUUUGGUCAGUAAAACAUGGUGGCAAUGGUGGACGAGCAACUAAUCAGGUGAAGUUGGAAUAUCCUCAUGAAGUAUUAACUUGCAUAAGUGGAUAUUAUGGUCCUAUCAGCAAAGACCAGGGAACAGAAGUCAUAAAAUCCUUGACAUUUUAUACAACUCGGAAAAAAUACGGUCCAUUUGGUGAAGAGUUGGGUGGUUUUUUCACAUCAAAUACCACAGAAGGCAAGGUAGUUGGCUUUCAUGGUAGGAGCAGCAUGUAUUUGGAUGCGAUUGGAGUUCAUAUGCAACAUUGGUUAGGAAAUAAAAGAUCAUCUAAGCCCUCAUCUAUGUUGAAAAUAUUCUCUUGA